UUUCAGCACUCAAAUAUAUAGCUACCUCAUUUUAAGUUCAAAAAUUUGGGGGGGGGGAGGGGGAUUUCGAACAACGCGACACACAGACUUAUUGUUUAUGCAUGUGGUCUUUGCUCCACGAAGAGCCAUACAUCAGAAUACCGGAUUUAUCGACCUUUUAGUGGAUCGAAAUCAAGAUAGGGAUCUUUAAGAAGAAGAAAAAGUCUCAGGAGAAGAAAAGAAAAAUAUUUAAUUGGUUAUAGCAUAGAUUAUGUAUAACCUGUAUAUCACUUAUUAUCGUGGCGUUUUAAAGAACAGUCUUGGACUUUUUUUCUGCCAGAUUCUUUUAUUGUAUGCAAAAACGCAUUAAAUGAGCCUAAUUUCAUUGAAAACGGAGUGAACGAUUAUGAAGUUUCAUUGCUAUAUCGAGAUCCACGAUAGAAUAUUAUCUGUCUGCUCGCAGAGAAGAUCACAGUCGAUCUUGGCAUUCACUAAGAAAUCAGUUGAAGAUGACGACGUAUAUCUGUAUCUGCAAACACGACAGAACAAGCAAGGCACCAAGUACCAGAUUGUUAAUAAUGUAAAACAAGUGUUCACGAAGUUUAUCGCCGAUGGCAAAGUUACAAUAAGACUGACACAACCUUGUCACGAUCUGAUAAUUCAGAGUGAUUCAAUUCAAUUGAAAAGCUUUCUUCGUAUAUUGAAUCAAAUAAUAAAUAGACAUUCUCAGCAUGACGUUCUCGUAAAUAAGUACACAGUUAUGCCUAAUGUGUCUUUCAACUCAAGUCAAUUCUCCAUGGGAAAAGUCAAAAUUGUAGUAAAGAAAAAGUCUGACUAUCCAACAUUACAGGGUUUCCCAAGAACUACAGAGCAACUAAUUUUAAGUGGACUGAGCAGAAAGUCAUUUGAUCGGCAAAUUUUGCGUUUGCAAAGUCUAAGAAUUCUAGAUUUGUCGGACAAUAACAUCUCUUAUUUGCCAAAAGAGCUAGGCACCUUACCUCAUCUUCAACAACUUUUACUGUCGCAAAAUAAUCUUGGAAAAUCACCUAAAUCAAAGUGGACAUGGUUAGAGCAAACUGCCAUUAAGCAUAAUUUGCAUUUGUUAGAUAUAAGUAGUAAUUUAUUAACUGAAUUGCCAACACAGAUUAAAAACCUAAAUGCCUUGGUACAUUUAAAGAUUAGCCAAAAUGCAUUGACGCAUCUACCACAUAAUAUUAGAACUUUACGAAAUCUGAAAGUUUUGGAUGUAGCAAGAAAUCAUUUGUCAUAUUUACCAGUGACCAUCACAUAUCUGCGAUUACAGCUUUUAGAUGUUACAGAGAAUCCGUUUACGGAAUCCUACAUUAAAAAUGAUGUUUGUGGAAAUGACAGUACAAUGACAGUAAAGAUGGCAAGUCUUGUUGAAUGGUCAGCUAAGAGCAUUCUAAAGUCUAGGAUAACGUAUGAUGCAAGUAUAAUACCAUAUACAUUGGUGGAUUAUUUGGAUGAAGCAAAAUGCUGCUACCUAUGUAGAACUGCCUGUUUUGAUUGUUACAUAAAGAAGCUCAUAUAUGUACCUUUACUAUGUGCCGAGAUAAAAAAGUCGAUGUCUACAGCUUUUAUAUUUGAAGCUUAUUUCUGUUCGUUACUCUGUGCUAGCAAUAUCCUCUGUAAGUCAAAAUAAAACACUUUAACACAUCUCAAUCAA